GGAUAGCGCAACAUAUUAUGAGGUUCUCUAAAGCUUUUGAGUCUAACAAGUGGAGGAGGUAAUUCAGUGUUAGAUUCAUGCACCCAGUGGUGAUCUCAUUGUCAUCUCCUUUGUCAUCCAAUCUGUUGGCAGGGAUAGAUAGAGCUGUGGCAUGACAUGGAGGGGAUGGGCCUGGAUAGGAUAUUUCCUUGAUUCGUUAUUGGGUGAAGGCAAUGAUAGCUUCAUCGUUAUCCAGCAAACCAAGACGAUAUCUGGUGACUGCAAGGGAGCCCAGUUGCCGAACAGUAUGCCUGGUGAGCGGCAUUAGCAACUAGAAGUGGAGUGCAUAACUAUAUCUUCCCUUCACACCUUACAUCUUGCUUCUUGAAGCAAAGCACGGAACAUUGCUGAUUCAAAUACUGUGACAUCCGAAAAACGUAUGGCACACAGCGUCAGGUUAACGAUCUCAAGGGCAAGAGGUUUUGUACCGACACAAGCGGGGUUGUGCCCGACGUUGCUCGAAGGAGCGUACCAAUGAAUUGCCCACAUUGCUUCCCAGCCAGCCAUAGAAGAUGACCAAACAAUCGCUCACUGAUUAAUCUGAUGAACUGAGUUCGCCCAGCAAACGGAUAGCGCUCUAAGUGAGGUUAAACUGGCAUUUAACGACUUCAAUACCCGAAACACCUGGGCAGGGGACAGUUGCCCCCAAUUUAGCGGCUGAAAGAAGGGACCACCACAGCCUUGGAUCCUUGGUUGCAUCUUAUUAAACCCUGAACAUGAUUUUGCGCCUUCGUUGUCCUCGUAUUUAAUAGCCUCCUUUUCUUUUCUUUUCUUUCUUUUUUUUCCUUCCUGUUUUGGGAUAUCUUUUAGCCUCUUUCAUUCAGCCUGGUGGGUGAGACGAACCUCCUGCCGUCGCUGACAGCCGCAACUGAUGGACUCUGUGCCCAUGACGCAGGCGGGGAAAUCGCAAAUCUGGCCCAGAUAUGCUUGUACGCAAAACUCCAACCAACUUAGCACCUAGUAAGCUCAAGGGAUUGUGCAUAUCCCAGGCCUGCAUUCCUUCCGCCAAUCCCGGAUUCAAACUGGCGAUGACAAACGGGAUCUGCGUGCGUCUGGAACCGCCAGCCCUGGAUCGUCCGAUGGUGGAUCUAUCUAGUAGACCCGCUGUCAGCCUCGCCAUCAAGGAAACAGGAUUCACUCGUUCUGGAGUGCGAAUGUCAAAUUUCCACUGUAUAAAUGGAUCAACGAGUUCCAUAUCGUUGAUUCGUGUGUGUUCUUUGAUUUCCUUAGACGAAUAGCUCUGCUUCCCUGUCUCUGUGCUCCCGCGGUAUUUGGUGACUGAGAUCAGGACCUUUUGUGUUGCUUUCUAAAAUCGGAUCACGUCCCUAUUUGCUCGUCUGAUCCAGUGGUUGCUCAUAUUUCGAACUCUAAUCUUCCCUAUCGUUGCCGCUGUGAAGAUAACGUCGAGAAUGACGGGAUCUUCUGGGAACGGUUCUCUCCGCGAAGAGAUAGAAGAUGGCGUGUCAAAACUUAGUCAACUCAUCCGCGCUUCGUUGCGGCCGCUGCCUACCCGAACUGGGGAUGGAAGUUAUAUUGACGAAACGCCGCCUGAACCGACUUUAAUCGAUGACCUGAAGAAAGUCGGCAUUAAAGAUCUCGAUACGCUGGUUGAUGUUGUUCGAAAUGCUGCGACGGGAGAACCAGUCAAUGAUAAGGAUUAUAUCAUGGAGAGGGUCAUCCAGCUCGCUUCCUCGUUGCCCUCCAGAUCACCAAAUGCAGAUAGGUUGAGCAACUCUCUUCUCUCUUUGCUUUGGAACGAUCUAAAGCAUCCGCCGUUGUCUUAUCUCGGCGAAAAGUAUGUUUAUCGACAGGCAGAUGGUUCACACAAUAACAUCCUUUGGCCACAAAUCGGAGUUGCAGGUUCUUCAUAUGCGAGGACUGUGCCAUCGAAGUCCGUUCAACCAGCAGUGCUCCCAGACCCGGGGACCCUUUUCGAUAGUCUGUUGGUUCGGAAACAGUUCAAAGCUCAUCCUAAUAAAAUAUCGAGCAUGCUAUUUUACCUGGCCUCUAUUAUUAUUCAUGACCUAUUCCGCACUGACCGUGGUGACUAUACACGUUCCCUUACUUCCUCUUAUCUUGACCUUGCUCCGCUCUACGGGAGCAACCAGGAAGAACAGAAUACAGUCCGAUCCUUCAAGGAUGGGAAGUUGAAGCCGGACUGCUUUUCCGAGACGAGAAUUUUAGGGUUUCCACCCGGUGUUGGCGUGCUUCUCAUAAUGUUCAACCGUUUCCAUAACCAUGUGGUUGAAAAUCUGGCUUUAAUCAACCAAGACGAUCGCUUCUCGAAGCCAGCUGAGUCGAGUGGGAAAGCAUACGCCAAGUACGAUAACGACCUUUUCCAAACUGGCCGUUUGAUUACAUGUGGGCUGUACAUAAAUAUUAUCCUGAAAGAUUAUGUGCGCACGAUUCUAAAUAUCAACCGGACGGACAGUGAUUGGAGCCUCGACCCUCGUUCUGAAUCUAUGAGAGGCCUUUUCGGUACUGAGAUCGAUGAAGCAGGUGGGAACCAAGUUUCCGCAGAAUUUAAUUUGGUAUAUCGGUGGCACUCCUGCGUUUCGGAACGUGAUGACAAAUGGACUCAAGACGCCUAUAGAGAGCUAUUCGGCGAUGAUACGGACCCGAACAAAGUAAGCCUAUCUGAUUUCCUAAGGGUUCUCGGCAAAUGGGAAGCUGGAAUUCCGAACGAUCCUCUAAAGCGACCAUUUGCCAAACUCACCCGUGGAUCAAACGGUUUAUUCGACGAUGACGACUUAACCAAAAUUCUCACGGAGAGCAUUGAGGAUUGUGCAGGGCCGUUUGGCGCUUCACAAAUUCCCGCUGUCUUCAGAGCGGUUGAAAUUCUUGGGAUUAAGCAAGCACGCUCUUGGAGACUUUCAAGCCUCAACGAGUUCCGCAAAUAUUUCAAUCUCAAACCUCACGAAACUUUCGAGGAUAUCAACUCUGACCCAUAUAUCGCUGACCAACUCAAGCAUUUGUACGACCAUCCCGACAAUGUCGAACUCUACCCUGGGCUCAUUGUCGAAGAAGCUAAAGAAGCCUUGUUACCGGGAAGUGGCCUAUGUGCUAGUUUUACUAUAUCUCGGGCAAUUCUUUCCGACGCUGUUGCUCUGGUACGAGGUGACCGCUUCUAUACUGUGGAUUAUACUCCAAAGAAUUUAACAAACUGGGGCUUUAAUGAAGCAAAUUUUGACAACACCGUUGACCAAGGGCACGUAUUCUAUAAAUUGUUCCUCCGGACAUUCCCCAGUCACUUCAAGCCGAAUUCAAUUUACGCCCACUUUCCCUUAGUGGUGCCUGAUGAAAACAGAGAAAUCCUUACAACGCUGGAUUUUGCCAGCAAAUACUCAUGGGACAAACCGGCGAGGAUUCCCCAUCCAACCAUGAUCGAAUCGUAUGCUGCAUGCGACGCGAUCCUUAAAAACCAAAAAGAUUUCAAGGUUACAUGGGGCGAGGCAAUUGAGUUUCUGAUGCACAAGGAGCGCAAUUCGUUUGGUAGAGACUUCAUGCUUUCUGGAGAUGAGCCACCCAAUGCGGCCUCCAGGCAGAUGAUGGGGAAAGCCUUAUAUCAUGGCGAAUGGGAGGCGGAGGUUAAAAAGUUCUAUGAACAUAUUACGCUCAAACUACUACUCGAAAAAUCGUACAAGAUUGCUGGAGUCAAUCAAGUGGACAUUGUGCGAGACGUCGCCAACAUCGCCCAGGUACAUUUUGCCGCGAGCGUCUUUUCACUUCCACUCAAGACAGCAGAUAACUCACGCGGUAUAUACACCGAAGCCGAACUUUAUAUGAUCAUGGCGCUUGUGUUCACUUGCAUCUUCUUCGACGCGGACCCUGCAAAGAGUUUCCCUCUUCGCCAGGGAGCUCGGAACGUUACGCAACAGCUUGGAGAUAUUGUCAUGUUAAAUGUGCAGCUGAUCAAGCAAACUGGAUUCCUCACGAGUGUUGCUGAACGAUUGUAUGGAAACGAUAUCCUGAUGGAGUAUGGGGUCCAUAUGAUUCGCCGCUUACUCGAUACCGGCCUACCUCCUGAGGAGAUCGUUUGGACACAUAUGCUUCCAACAGCAGGUGGUAUGGUAGCAAAUCAGGCGCAAUUAUUUUCUCAAUGUCUCGAUUACUUUUUAUCAGAGGAAGGGUCUGUCCACUUGCCAGAGAUCCAUCGAUUGUCCAAGUUGGAUACCGCUGAGGCUGAUGACCUUCUUUUGAAAUAUUUCCUCGAGGGAACUAGGCUUCGAUCAACGGUGGGCCUGUAUAGAGAGGUUGUCACCAAGUCAACUAUCAAGGACGGCCUAAAAGUGUUGAACUUGGAACCUGGAGAUCGUGUUGCGUGUAACCUGGUCAAGGCAUCUAUGGAUCCGAAGAAGUUCCCUGAACCCAAUAAAGUUGACUUGACGCGGGAUAUUGACUCGUAUAUCCAUUUCGGACAGGGCCCUCAUAAGUGCUUGGGGUUUAAUAUCUGCAUCACCGGACUAACGGCGAUGCUAAAAACGGUAGGCAAGCUGGAGAACCUGCGACGAGUACCAGGUCCCCAAGGGGAGCUCAGGAGGAUCCCAGGGCCUGGUGGCAUUAGCAAGUAUUUAGUGCCGGAUUAUACUGGCUACUUUCCCUUCCCAACAACCAUGAAGGUACAGUGGGAUGAGGAACUACCACCAUGUGUGGGUUAAGAUCUCGUCAAAUCAUGUUUGGCCAUUUUACGUUCCGGGCGCUUUGCAGCUUUAUUCUUCUCGGGUAUUUGUAUGUAUCUUUUAGCUCUUGAAUAAUGAAGGGCUUAAGUUAUCAGCAAACUUUAUCAUCUGCUCAUUCUGGGAUGGACGUAAUCGCAUAACUGUUCACCAUGCCGUGUGCUGGCACAAAAAUACGACCGCAACACUGGUGGAAGUUCAGAAGCAAGAGGGUGGUUAGUAAUGCCGUUUUGCCUAGGAAAGUUG